AUGUCGAUCGUCGAAGCCGUGUCUGCCGCGAUUGGGUCGUUCGUUAUCGGCUCCCUCGCGGCGUAUCUGAUUGAGCAACAAGAAGAGAAGGAGGAGGAGGGAAAAGAAGAAGAAGAAACAAAAAUGAAGGAGAACAUAGACGACGACGACGGGAAGAUUAAGAAGAAGAAGAAGAAGAAUACGUGGAGGAGGAUGUUUUUUAAAGAGGCUAAAGCAGAAGCGGCUUCGGUGGCAGGAACUGCUGCUCCAAAAGCGGUGAAAAUGUACACGCGGCUGGACGUCGCCGAGCACGACUCGAUCGAGAAACGAGUUUGGUGUUCGUAUAAAGAAAACGUGUACGACGUGACCGAUUUCUUAGAUAACCACCCAGGUGGAAGAGAUUUACUCUUAUUAGCGGCUGGAAAAGAUAUCGAACCGUUUUGGAGGCUGUACCAAGCGCACGUAAACUCGGACGUCGCGAUGGAGAUGUUGAAGACGUUGAAGAUUGGCGAGUUGGAUUUAGAGAAGGAACCGAAGGUGGACGUCGAUGAAACGGAUCCUUACAAAAACGAUCCGGAACGGCACCCGGCGUUGAAGUGUCACAGCGCAAAACCGGCAAACAUGGAGCCACCACUUUCGCUGCUACGACGAGAGUAUUUGACGCCUUCGUCUCUGUGGUUUGUGCGAAAUCAUUCGCCGGUGCCGAUAAUUGACGCCGCGACGCAUGAAAUCACCAUCGUUUCCGGCGAACAAUCCCAAGACAAUUUGAAUUUAUUACGUACGAAAGCUGUUAUUAAUCUGGAGCAUUUGAAGAAAGAUUUCGAAAAGAAAACGGUCGUGGCAACCGUCCAAUGCGGCGGCAACAGACGAGGCGGCUUGGAUUUGAUUAAAAAAUCCAGCGGCACGGGAUGGGGCGAGGGCGCCAUUUCCACGGCUAAAUUUGCGGGCGCUUCCUUGCGGGACGUGUUGGAAGUUCACGCCGGGAUAAAUUUACACAAUUACGAACGUUUGGGUAUAAAACAUGUUAUUUUCUACGGUGCGGACGAUAUGCGCGCGUCGAUUCCAAUAGAAAAAGCGUUAUCACCUUUCGGGGAUGUUUUAUUGGCGUACGAAAUGAACGAUUGCGAAGAACUUCCUCGAGACCACGGGUAUCCACUGCGCGUCAUCGUGCCAGGACACGUCGGCGUUCGAAACGUCAAAUGGCUUUCGAAAAUCAAGCUGUGCAGCGAAGAAGCAGACGGUCCGUGGAAUCGAGGCAUCGCUUAUAAAGGAUUUGGCCCCGGUUAUUCCUCCGUCGAAGGCUUGAACAUCGACAGCGUUCCGACAAUGCAAGAAAUGCCUAUUCAAUCCGUCGUCGCUGAAGCUGAAAACAUAUCGCUGAGUCUCGCGACAACAUCAAAGAACGACGACGGCGAGAAAAGAACCGUCGUUCAAACUUCCGCCAAAGGCUUCGCCUGGUCCGGCGGCGGCCGAGCUAUCAUUAGAGUCGACGUUUCCGCGAACAAAGGUUUAUCUUGGCAAACCGCAACGCUCAAAGAAGGCGCCGACCAACCGCUUUCCAAAGCCUGGGCGUGGACGUUCUGGGAAAUCGACGACUUAGAAAUCGACGCUUCAAAACUCAAACCCGGGGACGAGAUCAAAGUUCUCGUCAAAGCCGUCGAUGCUUCCUACAACGCCCAACCUGAAGGCGCCGCCGCCAUAUGGAACCUCAGAGGGUUGAAUAACAACAGCUGGCACGCGUUCACCGUUAAAGUCGAAGAAUAG